GAUUUACAUGAAAUGGGCCCCACUUAUCAGAACCGAAAACUCGCGUAUACUCUGCAACGAUGCGAUACAAUUGUAAUUGGCGUUUUGAGAGGUGUUGGUUUUGUUCAAAAUUUGCAGUGAGAGAGGCAGAGAAAGAGAGAGAGAGAUCGGAAGCCAUCCAAACAAUCCAAUGGAAGUCCAAUUGGAUGUCAAAGUUCAGACUCCACGAACUCCUAUUAAAAAGGAUGGGGAUUCGAAAAUAAAGUCAGAAACCAGUCUUCAGUCACUGACAGCUUCUCGCUGCACCCGUUCUCAGGUGGCUCCUGACUGGACCGUUCAGGAAAUUCUGGUUCUUGUGAACGAGUUCGCUUCAGUCAAUAAGGAUUGCCUAAAAAGCCUCCCUUCUUACCAGAAAUGGAAAAUAAUUUCUGACAACAUGGCAGCCUUUCAAGUCAUCAGACCAUCAAACCAGUGCCAGAGGAAGUGGGAAUCUUUGGUCGCCCAAUACAAAAAGAUCAAGGGUUGGGAGUCACAAUCUGGAAUUGGUUCUUUUUGGUGUCUGGACAGUGAAACGAAAAAAGACUAUGGACUUCCAGCUUUUUUCGACAGGGAACUUUUUGGGACGAUGGAUGGUUUUCUUAAGAGUCGGGUGACUCGGGUGGCUCGGGUGGCUCAAUCAGAUUCAGACGUGGAUAGCGAUUCGGAAAGACAUACCAGAAAGGUCAAGGCUGGCAUGGUUGUUCUCACAGGGAAUCCUGGUUCUAAGAAAGAAGCGCGCAACAGGCUGCGGAACAGCAAUGCAGGUAAGGAUCAAGAGCUGGCCAGGAAACUGCAAGAGAGUGCUCAGCUUAUGCAUGCAAUACUGAAAGGAGAACUGACGGGGAGUGCAGGUGGCAGUUGCAAUCCAGCAGAUAUGAAGAACCCUGAUGAGGUCAAGACCGAGUUCCCUGAUGAGGUUAAGACCAAGUUCGCAAGGCAACAAGCGGACCAUCUCAUCAAAGUCUUCGGAACCCUUGUUGGCACCCUAAACGAGUUUAUAGAGUUAGUUAAAGAAGGUGGGUAGUUUUCGAACCUGCGGCUGGGACACUUUGCAUGGACUGUUGUACAGCUGGUUUCAGUUCAAAGGUUAGCAAUGCCGCUGCGAAAAUCCAUCUGCUUUCUCGUUGAA